AUGGAGAAUUCAAAAGAAAGUUCUGAAUCCAUUGAUAUUUCAAGUUCAUCGGAAAUACAUCCAAACAUAGACGAAAGGAGCUACAAGAACUUUAAAAGACAAAGAAAAAUGGAAGAAAGACGAAAAUUAAAAGAAAAACUAAACAUUUUAAAGGCAAAAAACAAUCCAACAGAAAAAGAUACAAAAGAGAUAAAUAAUUUAAUCGAAGUAUUAGAACCUAAAUACAAAAUAACAGAAGAUUCAUUUAGAGUUGCUUUUGAAACUGUGGAAGAAGCUGACUGCAAUGAAAUCUUAGUUAAAAUUUUGGAGGAUCGAAAUUUAGAGAAUUUUUCUGAUUUAGUUAGUAAAAGCAAUGUUAAUGUUGAUAAUUUAGAAGAGCUAAUACUUUAUAAUUUAAGUGAAAGUAUAAAGGAAGAUAAUGAAAGUAUUGGACUUUUAUUAAGUAAAAUAUGUCUUUUUCUAGGUUACUAUAAGUUACAUGGUAAAAGAAUGUUAGAUAAACUUAUUGAUGAACUAAAAAUUCCUUAUAAAUCUGAAAUAUUUGAAGAAGACGUACAGAAAUAUUAUUUAGAAUCAAGAAAUGCCAUACUGACUAUGGAUGAUGAUAAAUAA